AUGGCCAAAAGAAUCGUGCACGAAGAGCGACGGGAGGCCUCGCCAUCUUGCGCCGCAUUGUUGCCAUGCGAUGGACACACCCGGAUUACACAUUGGAAUGCAUUGAUCGGGUCGAACCGUGACGUCAAAGCUGAAUAUGAGAUAUCGACAGCAACUCAUUGCCGCUGGCUGGGAGUCGAAAAUAUCAGAGGUGUUGAAUCGACUUGUGGACUGUCUGUAUCCCAUCACGCCGUGAACCUCUCUGCACACGGCAUGGGCUUCGUCUCCGAGCGACUCAAUGCCCAGUUACGGGCGAUAGAUGCCGUCUUCCACCUGGACCCGGAACACGACGACUUGUCCAAUACGUUUACCAUUCUGUUUGGUCAAACCAGUAACUCUGUUGAGGGAACGAGACAAUCCGAUGCUGUUCGCAUUAUUUGGGACGUUUUGCAAUCUCCGACUUUUAGGCGCCCCCGCGUAAAGAAGAGCGACGACUCGGACCUUGCCGAAGAUCAUUUACCACCACUAACUGAAGUUGCGGAAAGGCUGCGGCAAGUACGAGAGGCCUUGUCCGAAGAGAGUCUUGCACGUACUUCUGCCUCAACUUCUAGUUCUGACCGUACAAAUCUUGGUCCACUAAAACAAGGGCGAUAUCCGCUUGCUGAGUUGGCAUUCUUAUCCAAAGUCGCGGCCGUACUACACGCUCACCUGUUGCACCGUCUCGUUACCGCGUCAAGUAGUCUUCCACCUCAUGUUUCCUAUUGGCGAGACCAGGAGAUAUCAAGUAUCCGUGCUGGGUACUAUCUGCUUCAAACCUUACCGCGACGUAUAUAUCGCUACGCCCAGUUGUUGGCUGCAUCAGUGCGAUCGCAGCAACCACACCAUCUCCGACCACAGUUCCAGAUAUUCUCAAAAAAGCUGCUGAGUAGGUUUGGCGGAGCGGGCCAGCAAGUCAAUGUAGCGAGUACGACAUUUUUGGGACUUGGGUUAAGCAGCCUUCGGCCGCCACCCACGGUCUUUGAGUUGGCGCGCCAAGAGAUUAGAUGCAAAAGAGAGAAGUUGGAGAUCGCCAGAGAAGUGGAAGCAAGCUGCCUGGGGCUCCUAGCCGACCAUGGCAUUGAUAUAAAGCCCGCAACGGUGCGAGCAACCUUUGCUAGACGGAGCGCAGAGGGCCGUUUCAAGGUCUCACGCGAAGAUGUGGCUGAAGCUGCAAAGGAGGUGCAAGCAACGCUGUCCAAAGUUUUAAUACUUAUGACAGCGUCCCUCGAUAAAGUAAGCAGAGUGGCUGACGACAUGAGUCCAGAGGAGGAAGUUGUAUGGGCUGAUGUGUCCAGCUUGGAAGAGGAUAUCGGGCAUACGGAAGUUCAGCCUAUUGCAGACUUGUACGAAGAAGUCAAUCGUGUAUACACGUCCUUCGUCACUCUCGACUGGUCGUUCGAGCGCCUGACAAGAAAAUACGGACGGCCUUCGCGGAUUACCCGGUAUUGGCUCCCGGCUGUAACAGGCACUUUCCUGGUGUACAGCAUUGGCUCUACCCUGGCAUUGCGAUGGGAUGACGUUGUAGAUUGGGCUGACAAUCUGCGGGACACCAUAUCCAGCUUUUUUACCGAAUGGAUCGUGAAACCUUUGCAGAACGUCUAUACUACGAUCCGACAUAAAGAGGCGCAGCUGGCCAUAACGUCGAGUGAAUCAUUGAAUGCGGACCUGAAGGCGCUUGAGAAGAUGGUAGUAGAGUAUGCGCGAGACCAUGGAGUGACGGAUCCCCUUGAACUGACCCGCAUCGGGGAGCAAGCUCAGCAUGGCGAUAUGAGUUUAGUGUUGCAACAGUAUGCUGAAGAGCUUAAAUCGCCGUUCAAAAAUGCUCUGAGCGGCGACUUGGUACGAGCGCUUCUCAUUCAAAUCCAGAAGGCGAAAGUCGAUGGGGAGCUAGCCAUAUCAGCGCUCGAUAAGCUGUUGCGCUCAAACGAACUCAACUUUGCAUUUCUGGCGGUCAUGCCCUCCAUCUUACUUACCUGGUCUCUUGGAAGCAGUUUUCAAAGAUUGUGGAGGGGAUCAAAGGAGAAGAACAGGGAGAAAACGUAUAGGCUUGUCAGAGGAAGUCUAAGGAAUAUUGAUCGCCUGUUGAACCAAGCCAAUCAGCAGGGAGCACGGGUUCAACCGCUUCCUCAUCAAGCGCACGGUCUCCUCCUUUGUGAAGUAUAUCUGUUGCGACGUUGCGUCCCGAGCAUUCCUAGAAGAGAGAACUACCGACAGAAUUUUGUUGAAGAUUUAAGAGAACUAGAAGGGGGAGCCAAUGAUGCUGAGUGGACACCGAACCACGAUUUCCAGCUAGUCCGAGAUUCUCGAGAGCGAUGGACGGUCACCCAGCGAAUGGAGACGAUGGCGGGUAAUGUGACCCAGGAUUGUACCAUAUUUCCAAUUGAGAAAGCAUCCACGAUUGUAGCAAGCCAUUCAAGAGGCAUCAGUAAUAAUCAUACAGUAAUAAUGUGGCUAAUGCGGAUAUUCAUUGAUUAUCCUGCCGGUGCAUGGCAAGGAGCUGUUCAGUUUGUCAAAGCUGCCAUUCCCUCUCUCUCCCUCUCUCUCUCUCGUUCCUCAACUCACGUCUCACUCUUAUGUUUGAAUCCUAUCGCGCUACGUCGGUCAUCACCUUUCAAUCUCAACAAUGCACUUGCCAGUGGAAUGUCCCAUCGUGCUGGAACAACUAUGCUCGCAAUUUCUCUCAAGAUGGUGGAAGUUUUACCUGGUUUGAGGUACUUAGGCCCAACAACAUCGCAUGCAGAAAAGUUAUGCUUUGUCAAGGCCACAAUCUUCAGAAGUUCAAGCGCUCCUGGUGCUGAACUGUUCGCAAGACAGUAUCGCCGGACCAACCUCGCUGAUAUGUAUGGAUCACGACAACCGAGGACGAGCUUCGUCGGCGCAUCUACAGCGACUCUCGCACCAACUUCAUCCAUGGAAGAGGACGACCUGUACACUUUUGAUAAAAAGCCACCGGGAUCGAGCCUUUACGGCGCAACAUGGACAUCCGCCGGUCGCGGUGUGCCAACCAGUUUUGGAGUACCGCAGACCGCAAGACUGGGAACAGCUAGUAAAGGAGAUGGUGGGAUGGCUCGGCCAAUGACAUCUGUGCGAGCUGCUGGAUAUUCAAGUCGCGGGCGACCGGGAAUGGCUGCUGGACAGGCAUUCGAUCCGUUUAAUCAAGGAGGUAGAACUCCCAGUGCAGGGGGCUACCACAAACUCGAGGAGACACCAGAAGAACAGAUUCGAAACCUCGAGCGCAAAGUGAGUCAACUCAUUGAAGAAUCAACCAUAGCUGCAGCAGAGGGCAAUCUCCGCCUAGCUCUCGAAAAAGCCAAGGAUGCUGGAAAGAAGGAACGUCAACUCUCCCGACAACGCGAACAAGCCGAACUUGGUGAACAGAUGAAUUUGGACUUGACGUACUGCGUGCUGUUCAAUCUUGCGAACCAAUACCAAGCAAAUCAGAUGUACCAGGAAGCCCUCAACACGUUUGCUGUCAUUGUGAAGAACAAGCUGUUCAAUCAAUCAGGACGGUUGCGGGUCAAUAUGGGAAAUAUCUACUUUGCACAGAAGAAGUAUUCCCAAGCUGUUAAGAUGUAUCGAAUGGCUUUGGAUCAAGUUUCGAACGCAAACAAAGAUAUUAGGUUGAAGAUCAUGCGAAACAUUGGGAACGCCUUCGUCCGCAUGGGCCAAUUCCAAGACGCUAUUACCUCAUUCGAAGCAAUUAUGGAAGGCAAUCCAGAUUUUCACGCAGGAUUCAACCUCAUUUUGUGCUAUUUUGCCCUCGGUGACCGCGACCGAAUGAAGAAAUGGUUGCAGAGGUUAACUUCUAUUCGUCCUACUGCUGUCGAGCAAUCUGAGGACUUUGGUGCGUCGGCAAUGGAUGAGGCUAUUGAUGAUCACGAAGUCUUCAAUGAGGAUGAGCUGAGAUCUAUUGCUAGAAAGAGACAGCAGUCGGCAGAACGCUGCAUUGUCCUUGCCGCCAAACUUGUCGCACCCAACAUCGAAAACACUUUUUCAACCGGUUACGACUGGAUCGUCGAUACCAUCAAAAAUUCACCACACUCUGCAAUCGCGAGUGAGAUUGAGAUUGCUAAAGCGAUCCAAUAUUUGAAAGCAAAGGAUUUCACCAAGGCGGUUGAGACCCUGAAAGCUUUCGAAAAGGCCGAUCAAAAGAUGGUUGGAACAGCAGCUACCAAUCUCUCCUUCCUCUACUUCCUCGAUGGCGACUACAAGCAAGCGGAAAAAUACGCUGACCUGGCGAUCACUACGGAUCGGUAUAACGCGAAAGCUCAAACCAAUCGUGGCAACUGCUAUUUUAUCAAAGAGAAUUACGAAAAGGCAAAAGAACAUUAUCAGGAGGCCGUUAGUGUUGAUGCCGUUUGUACAGAAGCUAUGUACAAUUUAGGUAUCGUAAAUAAGAAACUGGGUAGAUAUGUAGAAGCUUUACAAUGGUUCGAAAAGCUGUACGCAAUCUUACGAAAUAGUGCGGAAGUGAUAUUUCAAAUUGCUGACAUAUACGAUAAACAAGGCAAUCUCCACCAAGCCAUGGAAUGGUUCAACAUCCUUAUCUCCGUGGUUCCUACAGAUCCAGGCGUUCUAGCAAGACUAGGGAACAUGUUCGUUCGCGAUGGAGACAAAUCUCAAGCAUUUCAAUACUACUCCGAGUCCUACCGAUAUUUCCCAUCAAGCAUGGACGUGAUUGCUUGGUUGGGAGCGUAUUAUGUAGAAUGUCAAGUGUAUGAACAGGCCGUCCAGUUCUUCGAGCGAGCGGCUAUGAUUCAGCCUACGCAAGUCAAAUGGCAGCUCAUGAUUGCGAGCUGUUACAGGAGGAGUGGAAACUAUCAACAGAGUUUGGAGACCUAUAAGCGGAUACAUGACAAGUUUCCUGACAAUGUUGAAUGUCUGCGAUUCCUGGUGCGAAUAUGUACCGAUCUCGGGAUGAAAGACGUACACGAAUACGCCGAGAAAUUGGCUAGAGCUGAACGGGCAAAGGAGCGGGCCGAAAGCGCCGAAGCAGAAGGAGUGGACACCACCGCUAGUGGGUCUCGUGGAUCAGUUCAUUCAGGACGAAUCUCUAGGGUUGCACGGGGAGAGGGAGAUCAAUCCCAGGCAAAUUCAGCAAAAUCGAGAAGUGUAUCCAUCGCAAAACCAUUUGAGAAGAUUGAUCCCAAUCCACCAAAACGACCGCAGACCUCAAUAGCCAAGAAUAGACCGGAAGAAGAUGACUGGCAAGAGGAUGUGAAUAACUUGUUGCCCGAAUAGUUAAUUACACGUCACGAAUAUAAGCAGACAACUACAACUGCCUCUUAAGGCAAAAGC